AAAUGUGGGCUGAGCUUCAAUUUGACGCACCACCUUUAACAUCACUUGUUGAGUUCUUCUUUCACUCUCCCCCUCAUAUAUUCCACCACAACCCAUUUUAUUUGCACCCACAAAACUCUCUCUUCUCAUCAACUUCAACUCAUCAAUCAUGUCCAUCAGAUUCAGAAAGGCAAAUGCUUCGUCAGGCAUGGGUGUUGCUGAUCAGUGCAAAAAUACAUUCUUGGAAUUGCAGAGGAAGAAAGUUCACAGAUAUGUGAUAUUUAAGAUCGAUGAGAAGAAAAAUGAGGUGGUUGUUGAGAAGACCGGUGAUCCUGCUGAAAGCUAUGAUGAUUUCACUUCAGCCUUACCUGAGAAUGAUUGUCGAUAUGCUGUCUAUGACUUUGAUUAUGUGACUCCUGAGAAUUGUCAGAAGAGCAAGAUAUUUUUCUUCGCAUGGUCCCCUGCAACCUCUCGCAUUCGUUCCAAGAUGCUAUAUGCCACAUCAAAAGAGAGGUUUAGAAGGGAGAUGGAUGGUGUUCAUUACGAAAUUCAAGCUACUGACUCUACAGAGAUGGAUCUUGAAGUGCUUAAAGAACGUGCAAACUGAAGUCUCUAGAGUUAAAUAUUGUGCCUCUCCUCGGCAAGCAAAUGUCUUUUCUGAGGUAUUGCCUACAAAUAAAUAAUUAAAUAUUGCAGUCGGAGAGGCUGAUCCUGGGAUCUUCUUUAGCUUUGCUAGAGCAAUCCAGUUGUCAUAUGAUUCUUCUUUGAUUGUAGUGAUAUACACAUAAACCUAUAAGCAUAUGUAUUCGACUUCAUAUAGAGUUUUGUUA